GCGUUGUUAGAUCUCGUCGUAGUCAUCUGAUGAACUUGAUGAGGACGGUAAGAGGUGGUCAUUGAGGUGAAAUGGAAGGGACAGUCCCACUCAAAUCAAGUUGCAGGCGAUAUAAGUAAUUGCCUGUGAUGAUCCCGAUUGCGAAAGAGAGCUUCGCGUCACCGAUGCUAGAGAGUCUUAGGGAGUGCUCUAGGUGAGGAGUCUAGAUCUGGACCGACGGAGAAGUGCUCUGGUAUGUGUCAGUGAAUGCUUGCCCACCAAAGGGUGGCGACAGGUUUGGGCUCUGGUCAAGGUAUGGAUUCUGUAGUUUGGAGAUUGGGAAGUUUGACUAAAGAUGAGAGCGGAAAGUGGUUCGCUGCAGUCUGUUCCGACGACGACGAAGCUCUGCAGCAGAACAUUGAGUCGGAGUGGAACCGAAAUCUUUUCAUCGACUGUACUUGGAGCUGGUCUGUGUACAUAUUAGAUCGGGUUUGAGAAAGUCAUCUCGAAUUUUCACUUGCAAAUGCCAUCAGAGUAGACUUUUAUAUAUUCUUUGUCGCUAUGAACUCUUGGAUAAACGCACUACUCAAUCGACUAAGCUAAGAGGAGUUUUGAUGAUGAUACAGUAGCCUCAAUAUUUGAGCUUCCACUGCGGAUCCUUGAGCUUAUUACGCUUGGAUGGAUGGUCUCGAGGAAAGACUGUGAACAGUAAUCAGUAACUAUCCUGUAACUGAUCUUCUUAUGGGAUUGGUGACCUGACGCCUGAUAUCAUACGUGCUCUGGUUUUCAGUUUAGAUACCGUUAAUGUCUGCUAUAUAUUCUUCUAUAUGAACCCUUGUCACACUAAAUGUGCUUCGCAGAAUCAUGGCUCCCUAUCUCCCACUUGCGUACAUUAGAGACUCGUAAAUAUGCUCAUUUGGAUUCGAGGUCACUUUGAGCUGUACGUCUAAGCAGAAAGCUUCUAAGACGAUCUAGACUGAAGAAGGUCUGAAACCUGCUCAGCAUCGGUGCAGACUCCUCAUCCUCACUUCCAAUCGUCUUUAUGAUGUGAUUACAGAACAGUACAUGUUCCCUAAUCAUGGCACAUGUUUGCUUGCUGCGUGGUGAAUGUGGAUAGCCUGUAAAUUUUCAUAGAACGCCUUUUUGUAUCUC